GUCUAGCUCUUCCACUCCCAUCGCCCCAGCUUCCCCGACCCCGAGCCCGAGGGCUCCGCCGACCGCUGGCCGCCGCCACCCACGCUGCCGCCGUGCCGCGCCUCCCGCCGGCCCCCCCCCCCAGCGCGGAAGAUGGUUCUGCAGCGGGCGGUGGCGGAGUGCCCCAAGAAGGUUGCCGGGCUGGUGGACCUGGUGAACCUGCCGACUGCGCUGCGGGAGUUCGCCGGGGGCCGGUCCCAGAUGUCCCACCUCUCCUUCUUCCUCCGCGUCUGGUCCCACAUCAAGGAACACAACCUACAGGACCCGACGAAUAAGAACAUUGUGAACUGUGAUGAGAAGCUGAAGACUGUAUUAUUGGGCAGGUCCCAAGUGCAGCUCUUUGAACUCCCAAUGAUUGUGAAGCUUCAUUUCCCAAAAGUUCCAAAGUCGUGAUAACAUUAAUUUAGAGGUAUUGUAUAUUAAAACUGUGGAAACCAGAUGGAUUUAUGUUUGUCUGGGAUAGACGGAAUCAUGCAAGUGUUGCGUUGCUGAAAUUUCAAUUGGUAGGCUAUGUACUGCACAUGCUAGAUUGAGUUUUGUGAUUAUUUUGGCAGUCUUUGUCUUUUUGACGUGUUUGAUGUAUGAUAACUUUUCUCAAGUUUAACUGAAGAACAAGACGUGAAAAAAAAA